AUAGCUAUCUUCUCCCCCUCCUCUCUCUCUCUCUAAACACUCUCUCUCUCUCUAGAUUAUCUCUUCGCAAAUUCUCUCAACACAUCUUCGAUUUUUGCCCUAAUAUCUCAACAAUUUUAAUACACAAUCUCUCUCUCUCUCUCUCUCUCUCUCUCUCUCUCUCUCUCUCUUGUAAAGUGAAUUUGAUUGUUUAAGGGGAUUUGAUUCUUGCUGAACUUCGACAAACAAAUAUAAAUUUGUGUGUGUAUACCUGUAGAGUUUAAUGUUAAUUUUGAUGAAAUGAGAGGAAGUUGUUCCGAUGCUUACAAGUAGAAAUGGCAAUGUCAGUUUCAGUUGAAUGUGUGAAUAUAUGUAAGUUUAGGAAAGGGGAGGGGAGUGGAAAAUAUGACUGCAGUAUUACUUCAUGUGCUUCCAAAGCUCCUAGGGCUUUAACUGGUUUUCUUGCCACAACUGCACAUUCUUCGGUCUCGACGUUCGGACCGAGGGGAAGAAAAUCCGGAAUCAAGAACAGCGUCUUAAAAUCUAGUAGCCUUCAUCAUGCUCAUGAAAAAUGGAAAAUGUGCAGUUCUACAUCAGAAUCAUCACAGACGUAUGACGAAAUUUCACCAGAUAGUUUGUGGGAGGGACUUAUGCCAGCUAUUUCAUAUCUUCCGCCAGAGGAAUUGAUAUUAGUUCACAGUGCAUUGAAUCUGGCUUUUGAGGCACACGAUGGUCAAAAAAGACGAAGUGGAGAACCCUUUAUCAUUCACCCGGUUGAAGUUGCACGAAUACUGGGAGAACUAGAAUUGGAUUGGGAAUCAAUAGCAGCUGGUUUAUUGCACGAUACAGUAGAGGACACCAAUGUUGUCACAUUUGAAAGGAUAGAUAAAGAAUUUGGUGAAACUGUUCGCCACAUUGUAGAAGGGGAGACAAAGGUAUCAAAGCUGGGAAAACUCAAAUGUAAGAGCGACAGUGAUUCAGUGCAAGAUGUGAAAGCAGAUGACCUAAGACAGAUGUUUUUAGCUAUGACUCAAGAGGUUCGUGUCAUUAUCGUCAAAUUAGCUGAUAGAUUACACAACAUGCGGACUCUUUCUCACAUGCCACCACAUAAGCAGACCAGUAUUGCAAUGGAGACUUUGCAGGUCUUUGCACCUUUAGCAAAAUUGCUGGGAAUGCACCAGAUAAAGUCUGAACUUGAAAACCUGUCCUUUAUGUACACUAAUGCUCAAGACUAUGCUAAGAUCAAGAGAAGAGUUGCUGAACUCCUCAAAGAACAUGAGAAGGAACUCGUAGAGGCAAAUAAAAUCUUGAUUAAGAAGAUUGAGGAUGAUCAGUUCCUAGACAUGAUGACAAUUAAAACUGAAGUUAGGUCUGCCUGUAAGGAGCCAUACAGUAUCUAUAAAGCUGUUCUCAAAUCCAAAGGCUCCAUUUAUGAAGUCAAUCAAAUAGCACAGCUUCGGAUCAUUAUAAAGCCAAAGCCAUGCAUAGGUGUAGGGCCUUUGUGUAGUGCACAUCAGAUUUGCUAUCAUGUGCUUGGUCUGGUACAUGGAAUCUGGACCCCUAUUCCUCGAGCUAUGAAGGAUUACAUUGCAACCCCAAAACCAAAUGGUUAUCAGAGUCUUCAUACAACUGUAAUUCCAUUUCUGUAUGAAAGCAUGUUUCGGCUGGAGGUUCAGAUAAGAACUGAAGAAAUGGAUUUAAUAGCAGAGAGGGGAAUUGCUGCUCACUACAGUGGAAAAGUAUUUGUUAAUGGGUUGGUAAAACAUACUAUACCAAACGGUAGAAGUUUAAGAAGUAAAACAGUGAGUCUCAACAAUGCAAGUGUUGCUCUUAGGAUUGGUUGGCUUAAUGCAAUCAGAGAAUGGCAGGAAGAGUUUGUUGGAAACAUGAGCUCGAGGGAGUUUGUAGACACCAUCACCAGAGACCUUUUAGGUAGCCGUGUCUUUGUAUUUACGCCACGAGGAGAGAUUAAAAAUCUUCCAAAGGGAGCAACAGUUAUUGACUAUGCAUACAUGAUACACACUGAAAUUGGUAACAAAAUGGUGGCUGCGAAGGUUAAUGGUAAUCUGGUAACUCCUUUACAUGUGCUUGCAAAUGCUGAGGUGGUGGAAGUAAUAACCUAUAAUGCACUCUCUAGCAAGUCUGCUUUUCAGAGGCAUAAGCAGUGGCUACAGCAUGCAAAAACACGUAGUGCAAGACACAAGAUUAUGAAAUUUUUAAAAGAGCAGGCUGCUUUAUCUGCAUCCGAGUUAACAGCCGACUCAGUAAAUGAAUUUGUUGCUGAUUCUGAAGAGGAGGAUUGUGUAGAAGAAGUUUCGGAUUAUUCUAAAGGGAGUAAAUACACAUGGGAAAAAAUCCUAAGGAAUGUGAUGAAAUUAACGUCUUCAAAAUUAAGUGAGGAAGAUGUUUUUAAAGUUGAAAAUGGCAGUGUCAAAGUUCCUAAGUUAAAUGGAAACCAUAGCAAGCAUAUGCAGCAUGUGAGUCUAAAAGCAAAAGGAGAGUUGCUAUCACAAGGAAAUGGUGUUGCUGAGAUGAUACUUGCUAAUAUUCCGAUGUACAAGGAAGUACUGCCUGGUUUAGAGAACUGGCGAGCUUCCAAAGUUGCAUCGUGGGACAAACUUGAAGGGCACUCUGUCCAGUGGUUUUGUGUGGUGUGUAUAGAUCGAAGAGGCAUGAUGGCUGACAUUACAGUGUUGUUGGCUGAUAUAGGCAUCACAAUAUGCUCUUGUGUGGCUGAGGUUGACAGAGGAAGAGGAAUGUCUGUCAUUUUAUUUCAGAUAGAAACAAACCUGGACAGUCUGGUAAGUCUUUGUUCAAAAGUAGAUCUAAUUCUUGGUGUUUUGGGAUGGUCAACGGGUUGUAGCUGGCCCGGCACAACAGAAAAUCAUCAGAUUCGAGAAUGUUGAUAAAUUGUUGGGUCUUCGCCAAGCUAGCACAGGCUUGGUAUGCAGUUUUGUCCCCUGGAAAUGAGUUUUUUUUUUUGUAGUUGUUUUGUAUAGGUCGAAAACAACAAAAUAAAUACUAAGCCAAUGAUCAAGGGUGGGUUGUGAGGACUGUAUAUAUUGAGAAGAGUGAUAGUAUGAAGUAUACAUGUACAGGCAAGGUACCUGCAAGUUUUAGUAUAACAUUAAAUAUGAAGGUAACGAAGGUGUAAAAGAUCACCAUAUACGUAGCAUAUUUUGUUCA